AUGGCUGGAGUGUCACCGCUGCGCCAGAGAGGAUUGUACAUCCCGCUACGAUCAAACGCCCUGGUGGAGCCAAUUGCAACCAAAGUCGUUGCGGCAGCGCCAGCCGUUGCCAUGGGGCCAUUGGCACUACGGCCAGUGGAUUCAACGAAGCUAGUUGAUGUGGCGAACCCCUUCGAAAUGCCUCUGCCAGUGGACGUGCCAAAGUCAGUGGACGCUGCAGAUGGUUUGGCUACGGCCAGUACGCUGCGCCGGAGCCCUCUGCAAUCUACCAGGUCACGCUUCAGGUACACCACGUGUCCAGGGUGUGGCAACAUCCCUUUGGCAGACAGUAUUUUCUGCCGCCGUUGCGGGCACAGGCUUUUGGAAGGACAGAAUGUGCAGUCACUAGAAGCGGAGCUGGAGUCCCUACGCGCCCUCCAUGUCAAAGAGAUCACAUGGUGGCAAUUUUCCUUGGAGAAUCUCCGGAAGGAGAACGAGGCUCUCAAGCUCGCAGGUGCUCAGCAAGAGAACCGGGCAGAUCAGUCUUUGCAGCUGUCGGAGCAGGUGAAAGAGUUGUCCAGACAACUCGCAGUCAGCAAAAGAGAGAUCGAGCUCAUGAGGGAGGACUUGUUGGAAAGGUCGACGGAUCUUGCUGCUGCCAAUCGCAGAAAUGCUGAGCUUACAGCGCUGGUUGAGAAGUAUGUCGAGAAUGAAGGUAGAUUCGAGGAAGUGCUCCAGUCUGAGCGACAGCGCAUCAGUGAAGAGGCAAGUGCACAAGUCACUGCGGCAGAAAUGCGGGAGCAAGCGCUUCGAGGGAGAUGCAAGCUAUUGCAGGCUUGCUGCUUCCGAUUAUGGUGGUGUCUGGAUGCCGACCUGCCAGGACUGGAUCUAGCUUCCGCGGCCGAGAGCCAUGGGCAGGCCCGGCAGGAUGUUGACUCGAUUCCAACACGGCGCAUGCCUUUGCCGGCUGACUGGCGCAGCAUCCUUCAGUUUCAGGCCAAGCUCUUUCACAGCUUUGCAGAUGCGAGCAGCCCAAAGCUGCAACAGGAGGCGUUUCUAGCUUGCCGUCUUCCCCCAAGAAGCGUGAGAAGGCUGCUCCAAGUCGGCAAGCGGCGGACGUGUCUGAUGUGGCUGUAG